UAACAGUUUUAGUACGACUUAUACCAACCAUGGCAUCAAGAGUGGACACAAGCUUCCUCAUUCUAUCCGACACUCACGGAGACCAACUAAUACACCCUGUUACCACCAACGUAGACGUCGCCAUUCACUGUGGAGAUUUAACAGAAGAGUCGAAGCUGGAGGAAUACCAAGUUGCCAUAAAGAUGCUCAGAGGUAUAGACGCACCUCUCAAGCUUGUCAUUGCUGGUAACCACGAUUUUUCGCUCGACGAAAAUGUUUUCGAAACCCACCUUUCGGAAAUUCGGGACAAAAUUAACGAUGAUCAGCUGUUGGACACUACAUACGGCAAAGUUGGUAGUGCAAGAUCAUUGUUUGAAUCUGAGGAUGCAAAGAGUGCUGGCAUUAUCUUCCUCGAUGAAGGUACUCAUCACUUUAACCUUCAGAAUGGCGCACAACUGACUGUAUAUGCCAGUCCUUACACGGCAUCCAAGAGCAAAGGCUGGGGAUUUCAAUACAAUCCCGAUGAGCAAGAUCAUGAGUGGAAUAUCGAGAAGGGGGUUGACUUGGUCUUGACCCAUAGCCCGCCACAGGGCGUGCUGGAUUACACCGAUAGCCGAACACGAGCUGGCAUACCCUCCCUUUUUGGAGCAGUUGCGCAAGCAAAACCGAGAGUGCAUUGCUUUGGUCACAUCCACGAAGCUUGGGGUGCAAAGCUGGUCACAUGGCGAGACGAGCUUUCGGAGCCUCCUUCACAUUUCACGGAUAUCGACAACGAGAAGUCCCAGCUAAUUGAUAGCAGGGCGAAACUGAGCAGAGGCAAAUUCGACACACAAGACGUGAUCGAAGAGAAAGAAAACAGACGACGGGAUUAUCAGAGGCAAGGAUAUCGCGAAAUCAAUGACGUUGCGAUAUGCGAAUCGGAACAAACAGUUUUCGUCAAUGCUGCGAUUGAAGGAGCGGAGGGAGGCCAGCAACAACUACCAUGGAUAGUAAACAUUCAGCUGCCAAAGCAAGCAAGUAGUGUGAAGAAGAGCGGCAAGAAAAGGGAAAAUUCUUCAGGCAUAGUUGACGAGACGGAUACAGAGCGAAAGAGAUUGAAAAGCACAGGUUGA